AUGGAUCGGGGGGCAGUGGAUCGGGCGGUAGAGCGACCGUCGGUAGAGCGACCGGUAGAGCGACCGUCGGUAGAGCUGCAGCGAUUGGUUCUCAAGUUGGUGGUUAACUGCCGCAUCAAGCAGAUCGUGGCAGGGGCUGGGAUCAUGUUCCCCACGGAGGCGACAUACCACGUGCUCUUCCACUCGGCGCUGGAUCAGCUGGAGGACCCGACGGGCCUGACGACGCCUGAGAAUGAGUUGACAUUGACGUUUGAUCCAUUGUACGCUGUGAUGAAUCUGCCUACCCGGAGCAGUGGAUUCCCAUUGACCUUGUUUUCGGUGCUUAACGAGCCGGGACGCAAACAGCAUUUGAAUUUCCAGCGGUUUACACGUGACUUGGAUUUCAAGGCGGUGACGGGCAAGACGUGCAACGGGUUGUUGGGAUGGACUGUGCACGGGUUACGCAGCGCCAACUACGCACCACAUAUGACUCCAGGCGUGUUGAUGAUGGUGCACCAGCUGAGCAGUCGGUGCGCAGCCUUGGACGAGCAUGAACGGGCAUAUCUGCGUUGGGUACUGCAGUACUGGCUGGAAGCACCAAUCGACUCCUUUUUGCCUGAGCUUCGGACUGGCCACAUCUUGCCCAGAGACUUCGCAAAACUAGCCACCGACUCACCCGGCAAACCUGCCAGAGCCGGCCUUCGCCUCAUGCACUGCCGCUACUUCCAACACUACUUUGGCACAGAGGAACUACCACACUGGGGCAACACCCACCACAGUCACAACAUGUGCAUGGAAGUCGACUUCUUUGGCUACCUUCGCCACAAUCUCGAUCUCACGCGCCGCUGUCUGAAUGUGAGCCACAGCAAAGAGCACCUCAAAAAAGCACUCAAAGUCGUCCUCCAGUCGAGAACACAACUACUUGAACCCGGAGAAAUUCUCAGAGCCAUCUGCCAACGACUCGUACCGGAAGCCGCCUUCCGCAAAGCACUCAACAAUGUCCUCUACCUUGUCGACCGCGUGGUAGGUCUCCUCCAACUUGAGCAACGAGACCGAGACACCGAACAACCAGUAACACCCGGGAGGGAGACUGAGGGGACCCCAAUCAACGACCGUAUGGAAACUGAAGGGGCGGAUGGGCGGGAAGAAAGUCGGGAGGAAGGUCGGCGGAACAAGGAAAAUCACCCGGGGGAGGAUCACCCGGGGGAGGAUCACCCGGGGGAGGAAGGGGACAAUCAGAGGGGGGAAGGGUCGUCGGAGUUGGCAGAUGUGUGUGAGCAGUUGGCCGUCUUCUUGUCAAAGGAGUGGAUCAUUCUGGGUCAGCACAUCGAUAAAGCGGUAUUGCACACGAUGAUAGCUCUAGGUUUGUACGGAUGUGGUUCUGCAGACCCUCGGUCGGUAUUCUUUAAUAGAGCGUUCCGUGCGCUUUUUUCGUUGGAGAAGGCGCACCACUCGGAGGAACCUGAUGAGCUAGGUGGGCUGGAUAUUCCGGUAGUAUCAAUGUCAGAUCCGGUUCGUUUAGCGCUGUUUUAUCGCGAGUUAGAACGGCGCGAUGACUUGUUCCAAGUCGUCUGGCCCAAGGCGCUCGAGGCCUGGCCCGCGGACAUGAACCUCAGUCUCUGCACCGAGCUAUUGGACUCCCUCCGCAACGUUAUGACCGCUCCCUCCGACUGGGCCACGAUGCACCGCGAAAAAAGCCGCUUCUCAUUCGUCGCUCUUGGCACCAGCACCAUGGUACUCGCCUCCGCCAACCUUGCCAACUAUCUCCAGACUAUCGAAUUCAUCCACUACCGCAUACACAGCUCGCAACCCGGCCACUGGUUCCAAGAUCUCCUGAACAUCUCCAAACAGUGGCGAACAUGCGCCGAUACAAGACCCCCACAGCUAGGCAACGACCAGCAGGGCAGGACCCUACAAGGCAAGGCCCUACAGGGCAAGAUCCAACCAGAGGAAGCAAUGGGCGAAGCACCCGAUGUAUGGGCCAAUACGUAUCAAGCUGUAUGGGACGGGUUCAAACUGACAAAGUAG